AAGCAAAUCUAAAAGGUCACUUUCCCAAAAGCGAAAACAGAAAUUGAGAAGAAGUAAAAAAAUUAGGGUUCUUGAUCAACAACAAUAAGCGAUGGGUGAAUUUGAAGGGUGGACUUCGUGGCUGGAACCAGGGUAUUUGCUAUGUAAACCUGAGGAUCCUGACUAUCAGAAACCUGCGUACAGUGACUGGACCGAGGAGAACGAUACUCCUCCCAAGUACUCACCAGAGGAAGAACUUGCCUUACUCGACGAACAAAUCAGAGCCAGCGAUGGGUUUGAUAUUGACUUCACACACUUCCGCUGUGUCUUCAACUACCACCUUGCUCUUCUCGACUCACAUGAAUUCGUUGAAAAGCCAGAAACCACUAGGGAUUUGCUUGAGAGGCUCUCUCGGAGUUCCCUUGAUGAUUACAAUAAUGAAUAUGGCACAGAAUUUGAGUUUGUCAAGGUUGUGAAAGCCAACUUUCACUGUUGUUGUGCGCUAAUGUUUCUCAUAACAUUCGAAGUUGUGGAUCCUUAUGAUAACAUGAUCAAGCUCUUCCAAGCAAGGGUUCGCCACGCUAGAAACAUCGUGACCGAGUACAUCUUCUGCAGGCCUAAACCCAAUCAAGGAGUGGAAUGCAUUGGUAUCAAGAAAGAUGUUGUCGGGAAAGAUGUUGUCCUGAAAAAUGUGAAGAAACAAAGUGAUUUGCGUUCUCUUAAUUUGCAGAGUGGAGUAGGAUUCUAGGAGCUUUUUUAUAUGGCACAAAGGAGUGAGAACCGAGAGAUGCUCUAUUGUUAUUAUAUAUCUAUUUGCGUCCUAAAUGUGACUUGAUGGUAGUCGUUGUUGUAUUGCUGCUACAAAUUUAAACUUAAAUGUUUCUGCUACUCUCUUUGAGCUUGUGUCGUUGUCUACUAAUUUAAGCUUAAUGUAUAAUAAGUUGUUGUGCUACUUUCU